AACCGGUUCAAAUUGAAACCCUCGAUUUCGCUAAAGCUUUGUUCCAAUUUGUGAUUCGGUGGAGGAAGGAGGAGGACGAAAAGAGUGUUUUCCAGUCACUGCGAAAAUUCAUCAACCUUGUCGUCUCUCUCCCCCUAUCUACUUCUUCCCUUUCUUUCCGCGAGGUAUGCUGUUAUAAUGGAUUCGGCAUUGGAGAAUAUAACAGAAAUGGAGAAUGAGAGAGUUGAACAGGGCACAGACAAGGAAAUUGAGACUAAAGAGCAAACUCAGGAUAACGUUGUGGAAACCAAUAAGGAGACUGAGACUGACGAGCAAACUCAGGAUACUGUUAUGGAAACCAAUAACGGAAUGGAGACUGAAGAACAAAGUCAGGAUACUGUUAUGGAAACCGAGGAUAAGAAUCCAGGAGAGACAGUCGGAGAGGAAGAUCCAGUAAGCGAACUUAAGGAUCCUCCUUCUCCCAUGAUCACUGAAAAGGAGGCCGACGAUGAUGAUGAUGUACCAAAGAUUGAUGGUGAGAAGAAUACCCAAUUAGAGACUAGCCCGCAUCUAAGUCCUCCUUCAGUGGCUCUAGAUCCUGAAGAAGGGUUAAGCAAAGACAAUGUUGAACGGAACAUUGGGUCCAGCGAAGUAAGUUCGGGUGUCUUGAAAAAUGACACAGAUUCUGUCAUGGUUGACAAAUAUACUCCAGUAGUCCAUGACGAAACGGCUACAGUAACUUAUAGCAAACUCUCAGAGGAAAAAGGAUCGCCACAUCAUCAUGCUAAUACUGUGACGGAUCAGGACAAAGCUACAGAAGAGCAGGACAUGGCAUCCUCAGGAGAGUUGAACGUGAUUACAGUCACUCCUGAUACCAAACUCUUGGAGGACAAAGGAUCACCCCUUCAUCAUGCUGAUACUGUGAUGGAUCAUGACAAACCUGCAGAAGAGCAUGACAUGGCAUCCUCAGGAAACUUUAACGAGAUUACGGUCACUCCUGAUACCAAACUCUCGGAGGACAAUGGAUCACCCCUUCAUCAUGCUACUGUAAUGGAGCAGGACAAACCUGCGGUAGAAGUAGAACAUAACAUGGCAUACUCAGGAGACCAAAACGAGGUUACAGUCACUCCUGAUACCAAAAUCUCGGAGGGAAAAGAAUCUCCGCAUCGUCAUCCCAAUUCUGUGAUGGAGCAGGAUAAUCCUGCGGAAGAACAUAACAUGGCAUCCUCAGAAGACCAUAACGAGAUUACAGUCACUCCUGAUACCAAACUCUCGGAGGACAAAGGAUCACCGCUUCAUCAUGCUGAUACUGUAAUGGAGCAGGACAAACCUGCAGAAGAACAUAACAUGAUAUCCUCAGAAGAUCAUAACGAGUCUCCAGUAACUACUGACACCAAAGAUGUUGAGGAGAACAAUGAAAGGCUAGACAAGGGCGAGGCUAACAAUAUGAACUUGGCUGACCAUGUAAGUGAGCCAGUGGAUCAUGAUGAAGGAACCACAACGGAGAAUGAAAAAGAGCCAGAUGUGCCUGUUUCUGAGACCGAAUCAAAUCUGGAGAAUAAGCCAUCCGAGCCUCUCGUAGAAACCUCAGUGAACGUGGAAAAAGAGCCAGACAUGCCUGCCACUGAAAAUUUGACAGAAAAUGACCAAAACUCUGAUGUGUUGGCUGCUGUAGUUUCGGGAGACAGUGACAAAGGGUUAUCUCUCUUGCCCGCUACCCAGACUUCACCUAACCAUAACGAAGGAGUUGCUACACUUGAGGCUGAACGUAUGGAAGACAUGGAAGUCGACGUCCCUGAUUCUAUUUUGGUUACUGAUGCUAGUAUUGACCCUCCAAAUAACAACGAUGUCAAUGCCAAGGCUCCUACUAAUGCUGAAAAUAAAGAUUCUUCUAUAGUAUUAGUACCUGAGGGAAAUGAUGCUGAUAAUGAGAGUGCGUCAGUGAGACGUGAACCUGGUCCUCCAUGUGUUGCAUCUUCUGAUACGAAGUCUGAAGUGGGGGCAAGUGGUGGUUUGAAUAAUGGGGUCCAUCAGAUAGGUCAGCCAUCACCUGGUUUGGAUAGGCCCAUGAGCCCAAAACGCUCUUUCCUGUUGGAUGAUUCGUCGGAGGGCUAUGAAUCUGGAACGGAGGAGGAUCAAGCUGCUUUUAUGAAAGAACUGGGUCACUUCUUUAGAGAGAGAAACAUGGACUUCAAACCUCCAAAGUUUUAUGGAGAGGGACUAAACUGCCUUAAGUUGUGGAGAGCUGUAAUUAGAUUGGGGGGUUAUGACAAGGUUACUGGAUGCAAACUAUGGCGGCAAGUAGGAGAGUCUUUCAGGCCCCCAAAGACAUGUACAACAGUGUCAUGGACUUUCCGAGGUUUCUACGAAAAGGCUCUUCUUGAAUAUGAGCGGCAUAAAGUCCACGUGGGUGAAGUACAGAUACCACUUGCUAUUGAACCAGAACCAAUGAAUAUUGAUAAUCAGGCUUCUGGAUCUGGUAGAGCGAGGAGAGACGCAGCAGCACGUGCUAUGCAAGGUUGGAAUUCACAGCGUCUUAAUGGGAACGGUGAAGUUAAUGAUGACCCUGCAUUUAAGGAUAAGAAUUUAGUUCUUCAUCAAAAGCGCGAAAAACAGAUAGGAACAUCCCCUGGUUUGCUUAAACGCAAGAGGCUAUCGUCUACUGAACAUGUUGCAAAACAUUCCAUCCAAGUGUCUAAUCCUAUGUUGGAUGUGACAGUUGUUGAUGUUGGACCACCAGCUGACUGGGUAAAGAUUAACGUACAGAGGACGCAAGAUUGCUUUGAGGUGUAUGCAUUAGUCCCAGGACUAGUCCGUGAAGAGGUCCGAGUCCAAUCAGAUCCGGCAGGGCGGUUGGUAAUAAGUGGCGAACCGGAGAACCCUAUGAAUCCCUGGGGAGCUACUCCUUUCAAGAAGGUCGUGAGUUUACCGACAAGAAUUGAUCCUCAUCAUACAUCGGCUGUGGUGACCCUGAACGGCCAGUUGUUCGUCCGUGUGCCACUCGAGCAAUCUGAUUAGAAACAUUUUUACAGUUUAACAAAGCCUUGAAGAAGAUCCAAGAGAGAAGGGAGAAGAAUGUUUAGAAGUAGUUGUGAGGAUCUUUUGUCUGUAUAUUAUCAUAUGAUUGAGAGCAUAACACAACCUGAGAACCCACUUUAGGAUAACUUUAAUUAGGUCAUCUAGUUUAUCAUCUCUGUUCUCUUUGAUUAAAUUCUUAAAAAUCAACAUUUAUAUGUACCACAAGUUCUUUAAACAUUUUCUAUUAAGAAACACAAAUCUACAACCUUUUUAGUA